CUCUGUUUAGAGCAAGAUAGUACGAUCAUGGCGACUCAACCUACUGAGACCCCCAAGACAAUUUAUGACUUCACUGUUAAGGAUGCUAAGGGGAAUGAUGUGGAUCUUAGUGUGUACAAGGGAAAAGUUCUACUGAUUGUCAAUGUUGCUUCCAAAUGUGGACUGACCAAUGCAAAUUACACGGAGCUGAAUCAACUAUAUCAACAAUAUAAAGACCAAGGCUUGGAGAUACUGGCGUUUCCAUGCAACCAGUUUGGUGAAGAGGAACCAGGAAGUAAUAAAGAGAUUGAAGACUUUGUCUGCACUCGUUUCAAAUCAGAAUUUCCAAUUUUUGACAAGAUCGAUGUAAACGGUGACAAUGCUGCUCCACUGUACAAGUUCUUGAAGUCGGGCAAAAGGGGAGUCUUUGGAGAUGACAUUCAAUGGAACUUUUCGAAGUUUCUAGUUGACAAGGAUGGUAUAGUUGCUCACCGGUAUUACCCUACAACUGCCACCCUUAGCCUUGAGUGCGACAUAAAGAAGCUGUUGGGAGUUUCAUGAGUGCAAAGAUCGGCUAUAUGAGCAUUUAUGCUUGCUAUUUGUACCAGGAAGUGGAAGAAGGGCUUGCUUUUGAGUUUUUGUGCCGUUUGAAAGAGACAUUAAGGUUGUAUCUGUACGACUGUACAUGUCAUAUCAAACUGAGCAAAACCAUUUGUAAUGUAUGAUUUGAUUUAGUCGAAAUUCAGACUCUUGAAAUUACACU